AUGGAGCGGGUGCAUAUUGCAUCCUUUGUUGUUGGAAUAACUGGGUUAAUAAUUGGAAUUGUCGGAAUAGUAUUAGCAAUUGUUUUUGGAACUGCUUCUCCAAAUUGUCCAAUUUGUCCAGAAAGUGCAACAAAUCAAUGUAAUUCGAAAUUAUUCUCUCUUCAAACAAGUCUAACAAAAGAAUCUUGUCCUUGGAAUGAUAACCUCAGAAUACCUAAUAGUAAGGAGUUCAACGAAACUUCUCAAAAAGUUGCACAACAACUUCAAAAUUCUAUUCAAUCUGGAUUGAACCAACAAUCAUCCACAACUCGUUUCAAAUCAUUUGCAGUUUCACCAACUCAAAACGCUGUGACAGUUCAGAUAACUGAAUUCAGGUGGGUUAAAAAGGGAGAGAAAGAGUAAAAACAAGAACUCGGACACAUUUCAACAUUUUCUAGACAAGACAACAAUGGACUCACUCAAGCUAUUGGAUCCGGAGUAGUUUCAUCAGCCAAACCAAUUAAUCAAGUUCCUGACCAAACUCAAGUUGAAACACAAAUUCAAAAUGAUAAAACAACAGUAAAUGGUACUGUCAACACCUCUUCGGUUGUUUGCAAGACAGAAAGUAAUCCAGACUGUGAUUGCUCUACUACAGCCGCAUUUGUUUCAUCAACACAAGCAAUGAGCACUAACAAUCCACAAACUACUGUAGUUACAAGUGCUCAAUCGUCUUUUGGAACAAGUACCACGACUUCACGGCCAACUUCACGACCUAUCAUCACAUCGACGGCGGCUAAAGCGACAACUCAAACUACAGCAGUGCCAAGCACUUCAAUUCCAUCCACUGGAGCUCCAUCAACACUUUCACCAAGUACCACUGCUCAGCAGACAACAAAUGCUCCGUCCACAGCUCAAACAACAACUAACGCGGCAUCAACUGUUCAACCAUCUACCAAUGCUCCCUCGACUGCUCAACCAUCUACCAAUGUUCCAUCAACCUCCCAACCAAGCAGUAAUGCUCCCUCAACUGCACAACAAACUACAAACAUUCCAUCGACAGUUUUGCAAACUACAACCACUCAAAGUUCAACAGUUCGAUCGACAACCACAGGUACAAUUGCACAAAGCACAUUGAUUUCAACAUCACCAUCAUCUACGGUUUCCUCAAGCACAUCACCUGGUGUUUCGAGUACAAAUAUUCCUUCCACACAAUUCUCCAGUACAGGUGUGACAUCCACACCCAGCACGAAAACCAACUCUCCAAGCACUUCUAUCCCAUCCACUUUAGCCAGUUCUACUGUUCCAUCAUUACCUAGUAGUUCUAAUGCUCCCUCAACUGCUCAACAAACUACCAACAUUCAAUCGACCGUUCAAUCGACAAAUGCACCAACCACAGGUACAAUUGCACCAAGCACGUUGAUUUCAACACCACGGUCCUCUACGGUUUCCUCAAGUACAAAUGUUCCUUCCACAGAAUUCUCCAGUACAGGUGUGACAUCCACAAACAAACCCAGCACUUCUAUCCCAUCCACUUUAGCCAGUUCUACUAUUCCAAGCACAUCAUCUAGUAGUUCUGUGCCAAGCACAAAUUCUCCAUCGACUGUCUCAUUAUCCACUAAUACCCCACAAUCCACAGUUGUCUCAAGCACAUUUUCUCUUCCCCCAACCACUUCCACCUCAAAUACCCCUGUUCCAUCUGCACCAUCCACAGUUUUAUCAACAACGCAAUAUAUUUCUACAGUCCCAACUACAACCGCAUAUUUACCAACGUCACCAAAUCCGAAUCAAUGUUUCUAUCAAUCAAAUGUCGCAGUUGCUUUCGAACUAUCUGAUCCAUCAUCAACAAUUGAUACAAAAAUUCAAAACUUCAUACAAAACAAGCUUUUUGCUAAUCAAGCAGUGUAUCGUUUAUCCAAACCAAACUUGGGCGGAACACAAUUGGCACUUGUUCCGUAUCCAACAGUAUCAGCAAGUUUGAUGAACUAUGGUUAUGCCGGAGAUGUUUCAAAAAUUUCAUCAGUUCUAAAAGCAAUGGAUCAAUUGUCCACUGGUGGAGAUCCAGAUAUUUCACAGUCAUUUACAACAAUUUCAUCUUUAUCCCGAAAUGGUCAACCAGGUUUCGUUAUUCUGAUAGGAUAUUCAGAUGCUUUUGUCAGUCAAUCAAUUCAAUCUGCAAACAAUUUGAAAUCUCUGGGCUUCAAUAUUUACACUAUUUCAUACAACACAGCUUCGAAUUUCUCGCCACUUCAAAGUCAAAGCGGUUAUGGAGCAACUAUCACAAGUGAUGCAGAUGAAGACACAAUUUCGAAUAAUUUGGCUAAUCUUCUCAGUAAGUUAAUAAUAUAUUUUAGAAAUUUCGAAUUACUCUCAAUGAGCGUUGAAAAUUUUUUUUUGAAAAAAAAAAUUAUUUAAAAAUCUAUCUACCAAACUCAACAAAAUUACAGACAGUACAUAUUGCAACCAACUGCCAACGACUGCCUUGCCUCCAAUCACAACAACUGUGAAUUCGAAUCCGUCCACUGGUUCACCAAGUUCUACUAUCCAAGCAAGUACAUCACAGUCAACAAUAAACCCUUCAACCGGAGUCGGAAGUUCGACUGCAGUAACAAGUUCAAAUCCAUCUACUGCUUCAUCAAGUACCAUUCAAUCAAGCACAUCACAAUCAACGAUAAACCCGUCGACUGGAGUCGCAACUUCGACAAGCACACCAUCAACUAACAAUCCAUCAACUGGAGUACCAAGCUCGAAUGCCCCUUCAACAAGCUUACCAUCUACAUCAGUUUCAUCAACUAAUGUACCAAGUUCGACUCUCCAAACCACAAAUGGUCCAACAACAUCUACAUUCAACCCGAGCACAAUUUCUAGUAGCACAUCUAAUCCUUCGACUACUGUAUCCUACACAACAACAACUCCACAAUGUGUAUGUGAAUGUUCAAGCACAGCUCCAUUCACCCAAAGUACAGUCUCACAAUUUGUAUCAAGUUCAAUUGCUCCGACUACAACUGCACCAGGUACAACUGCCGCUUCAACAACCAAUCAACCAAUAACAUCAGCGCCAUCAAGUUCAAUAGCUUCGACAGUUGCACAAACCACAGCCGCUCAGUCAACAAUCAUUUCAUCUACAAACAACCCUAUCACAUCUGCCCCUUCAACUGCUAAUCCAUCAACAAAUCAGCCAACUACAGCUGAUCCAUGUACAUGCGCUGGAGAUUGGGUUUAUUCUGGUGAUCUUGCAAUUGCAUACCAAUUUACUUCCAAUGAUCCAAACUAUCAAACUACUGCCAACUUCUUGAACCAGACAAUUUUCGGACCAUCUGUUAUACAAAAUUAUGAUUUACAAGGUUAUACUCAAGCAGAACUUGUUCCAUAUCCAAAGGACACUAACAUCCCAUAUCAACCAUAUGGUUCAAUUGCUUCUGAAGCAGCAAUCGGUAAUUAUCUUUCGAUCUAUCAAGAAUUGUCAAGUCAUUUAACAGAUGCGAAAAUAUCAGAGUGAGUCUUGCGAUUUUUUUAGUAACUAAAUCAUUAUUUUCAUUUUCAGCGCUCUUUCGCAAAUUCUGAACAAUCCUGGAAAAUCUUCGGCUUCUUCAAUUAUCAUUGUUGGCAGUGAUGCAUCAGAUCUUCCAAAUGCACAGCCAAUCGCUGAUCAAUUGAAAGCAAAGAACUACAAAAUUAUCACAGUUUCGUCUGGUGUUGCAGCUCAAACUUUGCAAUCUUUAGCUUCACCUGGUGCUUCCUUCGCAAUCACAGAUGGAGAUAAUUCAGAUGUAGCCAACAAUAUUGCCAAUAUUCUAGGUUUGUUAAUUAUCAUUAUUUUGUAACUUUGUUUUAUGUUUCAGUUAAUUUGAAUCCUGCUUGUAACAAAAAUGGUAAAACAAUUUCUCCAACCACAAGAUGCACACCAACUGUCGGACCAUCAAGUUCUGCACCAAACACAAUGACACCUUCGACACUUGCUCCAAUAACAACGGCGCCAUCAAGUUCAAUAGCUUCGACAGUUGCCUCAACCACUGCUGCUCAGUCAACAAUUAUUCCCACUACAAAUAACCCAAUAACAUCAUCGAGUUCAAGUGGAUCUACUGUUGCACAAACCACAGCCGCACAAUCUACAAUAAUUUCAUCCACCAUAAAACCAACAACCACUGCACCGUCAACUGUCAUUCCAUCAACAAAUCAACCAACUACAGCUGAUCCUUGUAAUUGUGCUGGAGAUUGGGUUUAUUCUGGUGACCUUGCAAUUGCAUACCAAUUAACUUCCAAUGAUCCAAACUAUCAAACUACUGCCAACUUCUUGAAUCAGACAAUUUUCGGACCAUCUGUCAUACAAAACUAUGACUUGCAAAGUUAUACCCAAGCAGAACUUGUUCCAUAUCCAAAGGACACUAACAUCCCAUAUCAACCAUAUGGUUCAAUUGCUUCUGAAGCAGCAAUCGGUAAUUAUCUUUCGAUCUAUCAAGAAUUGUCAAGUCAUUUAACAGAUGCAAAAAUAUCAGAGUGAGUCAUGUGAUUUUUUUUAGUAACUAAAUCAUUAUUUUCAUUUUCAGCGCUCUUUCGCAAAUUUUGAACAAUCCUGGAAAAUCUUCAGUUUCUUCAAUUAUCAUUGUUGGAAGUGAUGCAUCAGAUCUUCCAAAUGCACAACCAAUCGCUGAUCAAUUGAAAGCAAAGAAUUACAAAAUCAUCACGGUUUCGUCUGGUGUGGCAGCUCAAACUUUGCAAUCUUUGGCUUCACCUGGUGCAUCGUUUGCAAUUACAGAUGGAGAUAAUUCAGCUGUAGCCAACAGUAUUGCCAAUAUUCUAGGUUUGUUGAUUUUGAGUGAAACUAUUAGGUAAAAUAUUAUUUUUCAGUUAAUUUGAGCCCUGCUUGUAAUAAAAAUGGUAAAACAAUUUCUCCAAGCACAAGAUGCACACCAACUGUUGGACCAUCAAGUUCUGCAACAAACACAAUUACACCUUCGACACUUGCUCCAAUAACAUCGGCUGCAUCAACAUCCUCGAUUGCCUCUUCGAUCGCAUCAACAGCAUCUCAGACAACUACAGUUUCAGCACAAUCUACAGCUAACACAGCGAGUUCAAUUGUGACAUCGGCAUCUUCUGGUUCGUCUAUCAGUUCAACAUCAGUUUCGACAACUAUUUCUGGAACAACUCAACCAGCUUCCACAAUUAUUGCAUCGUCAACAACUUUGGGAGUAGUAACAAGUGCAGUCUCUCAAUCAACAAAUACAGCAACUUCUACAGUUCUCCCAGCAACAUCUACAAAUAAUCCAACAACAUCUCUACCUCCCCAAGCUUGUACAUCAGCAUUUGUUGGUGACAUUGCUGUCGCUUUUGAGAAUACACAAAUUAAUCGUAGUGUUACCGACUUUUUGGCCGAAAACUUGUUUAAUAACCAAGUUUAUUCAUUCAGUGAUGUGACACGAGUUAUCAAUGUUCCAUAUCCAGAUACAAGUUCAUAUGGAACAUUAGUGCAACAUUGGGGAGAUAUCAAGUAGGUUAAAAAGCUCUCAGAUAAGAACUCGCGAGAAGUUUCCAAUUCAUAUUUCAUGAAUAACUAUUUUUACAGAUCGCUUGCUAGUUAUCAGCAAAAUAUCAACGACUUUGUUGAACUAGUCACACUGAAAACGGCCCCAACUAUAAAUGAGGCUCUUCAAUAUAUUCUAACAUCACGUCCGAACAAUGGUGUAAGCAAUAAAAUAUUGAUAAUAGCGGGUACAAAUGACACCGGAGUUGAUGCCGCAACAACUUCUUUGAGUUCUUUGAAAUCAAAUGGAUACAAUGUUGUUUCGAUCGCAAUCAACAACCCAACAAGUCGUUUCAAUACUAUGUCGAAUAAUUUCUUCAGUGUUGAUGAUGGAAAUAAAAAUGCUAUCGUUCAACAAAUUGCGAACUUGAUUUGUAGCUUGGGACAGGUUGGAACAACAAUCAACCCUGGAACUGUUUCAUCGACUAUUCAACCAUCCGGAUCUCCAACUACAGUUAUCCCUGGUAGCUCCACUGUAGCUUCUGGAUCUUCAACUGUGCAGCCAUCAGGGUCACCGACAACAGUGAUUCCUGGUUCAACGACAGUACAACCAUCUGGAUCACCUACAACAGCGAUUUCUGGAAGCUCAACUGUAGCUUCUGGUUCAUCGACUAUACAACCUUCGGGAUCGCCAUCAACUGUAAUUCCUGGAUCUUCUACUGUUCAAACCUCAGGUUCCCCCACAACAGUGAUUCCCGGUAGCUCAACUGUAGCUUCAGCAUCUUCAACGGUCCAAACUUCGGGAUCGCCAUCUACUGUAAUUCCCGGAUCUUCCACUAUUCAACCAUCCGGAUCUCCAACUACAGUUAAUCCCGGAAGUUCAACUGUAGCUUCCGGAUCGUCAACUGUUCAGCCAUCAGGUUCACCAGCAACAGUGAUUCCCGGAUCGUCUACUGUUCAAACUUCGGGAUCACCAUCUACAGCUAUUCCUGGAUCUUCAACUUCCGCAUCUGGUUCAUCAACUGUUAUGCCAUCAGGUUCACCAUCAACAGUCAAUCCUGGUAGUUCAACUUCAAUUCCUGGAUCUUCGACUGUUAUGCCAUCAGGCUCACCAACAACAGUGAUCCCGGGAUCGUCGACUAUUCAAGCUUCGGGAUCACCAUCUACAGUUAUCCCUGGUAGCUCGACUGUGGCUACUGGAUCUUCAACUGUUAUGCCAUCAGGUUCCCCUACAACAGUGAUUCCCGGAAGUUCAACUGUUCAAAGUUCGGGUUCACCAUCUACAGCCAUUCCUGGUUCAUCGACUGUUCAACCAACUGGAUCUCCAACAACAGCAAUUUCUGGUAGCUCAACUGUAGCUUCUGGAUCAUCAACAGCGCAACCCUCAGGGUCACCAUCAACUGUGAUUCCCGGAUCUUCGACUGUUCAAACAACUGUGGUCAGUGGUUCCUCAACUGCAGCUCCCGGAUCAACAACAGUAAUUAGUGGGUUAAACAACUUCUUAUGCAACUUACAGAAUAUUUUAACAGGCUCAUCCUCUUCUGCGUAUAGCACAGUAUCAUCGCCAGUAAAUGAAUGUGGAGAUACACCUUUCUUGGGAAAUAUUGCAGUUGCUUAUGAGCUCAAUGAUGAUUCACAGGUAUUUUUUCUAGGAUAAAAACAUAUUUUUACCGUCGAUGAAAAUAAAUUCAGGACAUUUCGAACUUCCUUGGAACAAUCUUGUUUAGUGUGAGUAACAUUUACCAAUUUGGCCAAGAUACAAAAGUGAUAAACGUGCCGUACCCGGGAACAUCAAACUACACUAUCAGUAAUUGGAAUGAUAUAACGUUAGUUAUCAAUUUAAUUAGUUUCGAUAACUUUUUUCAUUUUCAGAAGUCUUGAUUCUUAUAAAUCAAACAUUGACACAUUACAAUCGGCCGCCAAUAAAACAGACGCCUUAAUAAGGGUAGUAGAUGCUCUAGAGUAUAUUGACACAAACCGAACACCUGAACCUGAAGAUACUGGUGACAACGUUCUCAUUAUUGUUGGAACACAAGAUGACGUAUUUACUACAUCAACAAAUUCAGCACUAGCUAAACUAAGAGCCAAAGAUUUUAUAGUUAUUACAAUAUCUCUGAACAAUCCGAACAGCAACUUGAAAAAUUAUGCAGAUGAACCAGAUUGUAAGUUUUAUAUUUUUUGAGUUUAAUAUUUAACAUCAUUUUUUAAAGAUUAUUUUGCCACUGACAAAACAAAUCAACGUUCAACUGCAGUUCAGAUCUCGAAUAUUUUAUGCAAAUUAUAA